AGUCGCAGCGCAGGCGCGAUAGCGGAGUGGCUGUGUUCCCUCCCAGCGCAGGCGCAGGCGCAGGCCGCGGGGGGCGGCGGCGGUGAGUUGCGGGCCCGUGCUGGGCAGGGAGCGGCUGCGUACGCAGGUGUAGCGCUGCGCGGUGUGAGCGGCCCAAGCGGGGCGGGGCCGAUCCCGGGCCCAGCGUGGUGAUUUAAAGCUCAGAUUUUCAAAUCAUUCAGGGGAACUGUUUCCGCCCCUGUGUCGUUUCCCCCGCCGGCCAAAGCGCCUGCGCCCAGGCCCCGGCAGCGGUGCGGGGAGGUAACGCCUCUCCCUGGGCCCGCGGCUGCGGUCGGUGGGAGCUGAGCUUACACCGGCCUCGUCUUCCGGUCUGGGGCAGGGGCCCCGGCAGCCUGGCCGCUCCACGCGCGGUGGGACCGGUGGCUCAGCAAGCGGAGUUGUGAGAGCGUCUUGCUGAAGCGAAGGGACCAUUCACGGGAGCGUGGCCCAUUGGCCACGACUUACGACGACUUAUGCUCAGCAAUCGGUUCCCCCUUGUGUGAGGCUGGGAGUAUCCGAUGAAGCGAGCUGUAGCUCACCAACGCUUAUGCUCAAAUAAAUUGGAAACAGCUAAAACAUGGCCAAAAUGAGUAACUUGGAAGAAGCUGAAGUACAACUUUCUGAGUUAGACCUACUUUCUAGUAUGUUUCCUGAUGAAGAUGAGUUUGUUGUGACUGACCAGCUGGCUGUAGCAGAACUAAAACAGUAUAUUGAUAAUAAGACUUCAGAGAUCCCAUCUUCAAAAGUUCAGUUUACACUGAAUGUAAAGCAAGAGGUUGCUGAUGCCACUAUGGUAAUGCUUUCUUUAUCCUAUGCUUUACCAUUUAACUACCCAGCUGUUCUACCAGAAAUUACUGUCAGGUCACCAUCAUUAAGCCGAUCACAGCAGAUUAAUCUGAACACAGAUCUAAAAACAUACUUGAAGAGAAACUGCAGUGGUGAGGUCUGUAUAUUAAAUGCAAGAGAAUGGGUUAAAGAUCAUGCAGCUGCUUAUAUCGAUAAGGAGCUUUCAUCUUCCUCAGAGACGACAUUAAGGACUAUGCAGUCAGAAGAUGUCAUCUUCACUAGAUUAUGGAUCUAUAGUCAUCACAUCUACAACAAGCAUAAAAGAAAGAAUAUUGUUGAUUGGUCUAAGGAGCUCGCUCUUUCGGGGUUUAGCAUGCCUGGGAAACCAGGUGUUGUUUGUGUAGAAGGCCCACAGAGUGCUUGUGAAGAAUUCUGGUCAAGAAUCAGAAGAUUAACAUGGCAGAGAAUUUUAAUUCGCCACAGAGAGGAUAUUUCUCUGGAUGGGUCACAUGCUGAGAUGCAGAAACAAAGAAAAUUCUCAUCUUUUGAAGAAAAAGUAUUUGAUGCGCAUGGUACCAGAGGAAAGCAUAUGGAUCUGGGGCAGCUGUAUCAUUUUUUAGAUGAAAAGGGGUGUGCUAAUGUUUUUCAGAUGUACUUUGGAGUUGAAGGAUGUUAGAUCAGCAAGGAUCCAAUCUAUGAACUUGAAAAAUUAUGUGACAGUCUUGGAUAAAUUAUUCUUUUCCCCUCUGAAAUAGUUGAUCAGGGAGGGAAAUGGAUACUUCUGCUUUAUAAGAUGAAUUCAGUUUUCCAUGAAAACGAAUAUUCUUUUAAAUAAUGCUUGUGAAAAUGACUACAUGAAUGCUUUAAUAUAAACAUAUUUUAAAGGGAAAGAUAUAAUGAUGCUAAUUACAAAGACAACUUUUUGAGAGAUGCUGUAUACUAUUUAUAAUCUGAAUGAUUAAAACUUCACUUUGGAGAAGUUGAUUAUAUCUGUGUAAUAUAGUAAAAAAGAUCCAAACA